AACUAUAUAUCCAUCAUCCUUCUACACAAACCCCAACAGAAUCAAAAUGCAAAACCCAAAAAGCCUCUCAUAAUAAAGCAUCCCCAUUUUUCUCUCUCAAUAAUUUUGCGUAGUUUCCUUUCUUUCUUUCUAUCUAUCUAUUCUAACACCAAAUUAAGGUACCAUGGAACAACCAAAAGGUCCACAACUACAAACACAAGCACCCCAACCCCAUGUAGCUAUUCUACCUAGUCCUGGGAUGGGACACCUAAUCCCACUAGUUGGGUUCGCCAAGAGACUUGUCCAACGCCACCAAAACUUCACCAUCACCUUCAUUGUUCCCACUGAUGGACCUCCCUCCACAGCUCAAAAGUCUGUCCUAGAUGCUCUCCCUAGUUCCAUGAACUACACCUUUCUCCCACCUGUUAAUUUGGAUGAUCAACCCGAAGGCACACAGAUUGAGCCUCUAAUUUCUCUCACUGUGGCUCGCUCUCUUCCUUCUUUGCGCCAACUAUUUAAGUCGUUAACUCUAACUGAGACUUGUGCAAGUACCAAGUUAGUGGCUUUGGUUGUAGAUCUUUUUGGUACUGAAGCCUUUGAUGUUGCUAGAGAAUUUAAUGUCUUGCCUUAUGUUUUCUUUCCCUCCACAGCCAUGGCUUUGUCUUUAUUCCUUUAUCUACCAAAGCUAGAUGAAAUGGUUUCUUGUGAGUAUAGAGACCAUCCUGAGCUGAUUAGAAUUCCUGGGUGUAUUCCAAUUCAUGGUAAAGAUUUGUUAGACCCAGUUCAAGCUAGGAAGAACGAGGCUUACAAGUGGGUUCUUCACCACGCAAAAAGGUACGCUUUGGCUGAAGGAGUCAUGGUCAAUAGCUUUAUGGAGUUGGAACCAGGUGCCAUUAAAUCUUUGCAAGUUGAAGAACCAGGUAAGCCGAAAAUUUACCCUGUUGGGCCUCUUGUGAAUAUGGGUUCAACUAGAAAAGUUGAUGGGUCUGGGUCUGAGUGUCUGACAUGGUUGGAUGGACAGCCACAUGGUUCUGUGUUAUUUGUUUCUUUUGGAAGUGGUGGGACUCUCUCUUAUGAUCAGAUCAACGAGUUGGCUUUGGGGUUGGAAAUGAGUGAACAAAGAUUUUUAUGGGUUGUGAGGAGCCCAAAUGAUAAGGUUGCUAAUGCCAACUUUUUUAGUGUCCAAAGUCAGAAAGACCCUUUUGAUUUCUUGCCAAAAGGGUUUCUGGAAAGGACCAAAGGGAGGGGUCUAGUGGUACCAUCUUGGGCACCACAAGCUGAAGUACUGAGCCAUGGCUCAACUGGUGGGUUCCUUACGCACUGUGGUUGGAAUUCUAUCCUUGAAAGUGUUGUCAAUGGUAUACCACUUAUUGUUUGGCCGCUCUAUGCUGAGCAAAAAAUGAAUGCAGUUAUGCUAACUGAGGACAUAAAGGUGGCAUUGAGAGCAAAGCCUAGUGAAAAUGGGCUUGUAAAACGAGAGGAGAUUGCCAAAGUGAGCAAGGCUUUGUUGGAAGGCGAAGAAGGAAAGAAGCUCAGGAACCAAAUGAAGGACCUAAAGGACGCAGCAGCAAGGAAUCUGAGUGAAGAUGGGGCUUCUACAAAGGCACUUUCUGAGUUGGCUCUCAAGUGGAACAACACAAAGUAACUUAUUUUAGAAUUGCAAUUAUUUUCUUUUUAAGGUCUAUAGCCCAUGAUUGUAUAAUACUUGCUUGCUUUAUUAAUCUAGAGUUGCUUUUCAUACA